AUGAAAGGACGGAAGCGGCACUGUUUAAGCAAACAAAAGUAUAGCAAAAACUCGGAAAGUUCGAUGAUGGUUGUUUUUUCUGUUGUCGUUGUCGUCGCUUUUGUUGACGGCAACAAAAUAAGAAAAAAUGCAUGGAUUUUCAACAUAAUAUUAAAUGCUACCAUCGCUGUAUUUUUUCAUCGACAACUAACUCCUAGCUCAAGCAGCAAAGCUCAGCAGAACGUUGAAUCUGGCUACCGUCCUGUAAUAUCCGGAUGUUAUGCGGUUGCGCGUAACGUGCAGCCGAAGUUACUUCCCUGCCACCAUACAUUCUGUUUACCCUGUCUCGAAAGUUGUGCAGACGUUGUCCAUCGAAUUCUAAAAUGCCCAGAAUGUCGAGCAGAACACCCGUUACCGUACGAUGGGGUCAAAUGUUUUCAGUCGAAUUAUACGCUUAUGGGAUUUCUGGAUGUGCAUUUGCAGGCCACCGACGACAAUGCUGCACAACUGGAAGCCUAUAUUCAACGUUGCUCUAAGUCGUACUGUCCAAAGACUGCAUUGCUUCAAAAACUACUUUUUGCCUUUGUGGUGUAUUGA